AUGCGCAGCAUCUGGUUCGCCUUUAAAUUAUCUGAAGGCUGUUUGGGCUGCCUCUGCAUGGGCAUACAAAUCGAGGGAUUUCUAAAUGUGGCUGUGUCACAGGAUCUAUAUUUGUACAUCACCGUGUUCUCGGUGUUCACAUGCACGAGCUUCUUUGGUUGUCUGAAUAUUUGCAUGGAAAACGAUCCGGUAUUGCUGCGCGAAAUAAUUUGGAGCAGUUUUGCUAGCCUUGGUUAUAUAAUUACCGGCAUCACCACAAUGUAUCAUGCCGAAAAGGAUUUAUAUUUAAUGUAUCUAUCGGAUUUGGAAAUUAUUGAAGAUGAAAUGGGACAUCAAUUUUUCGGCUACUCAAAGACGCAGGCCAUAUUGGCCAUAGUCACUUCAGUUGUGUACUUAUUGCAUGCCGUUCUUGCGGGCGAUAUGCUCAUCUCAGAGACAGCAGUCGCGAAAGCAGAGGGUGAGGAGAAAAAAAAAUUGCUUCUAUAUCUUGGCGGUAUGAAAAUUCACAAUCGUUUGCUCAAGCUAAAAUGGUUUCGUCGCUUUGAUGGCAGAAUGCGUCCGACAGACUAGUAUGAAGCCGUUUGUUUACAAAGCAAUACAAAGGCAGUAGCGACUCGAAUUAGUAAUAAUUUUGUAAAAACACACAUUAGGGUGCUAACUAUAUGCGGAAUGCCAAUUUUUAUCAACUUUUUUAAAC